ACUUUAAUUUCGAAAACGGAUGCAAACAAACGCGGCUGUUUAUGACUUGUACUUAGUGCUUGUAAAAUAAACAAUGGCUUUGACCCAACAGUCCAAAGAAAUCGUGAAAUCUGUUGUUUCAAGAUGUAGAAAUUCUGCUAUUCCUGAAAUAUUUUUUCGAUGGGGAAGAUUGAACAAUGCCAAUUUAAAUAGACAAAGUUUUUCAGGAGCAAAGCAUCAAAUAAUAUCUAAAAUACUAAAACUUAUCCAGGAAGAGGUAUGGAAUGGCCAAAAAAUGUUAAAAAUUAAAAAAAUAGCGUCAAUUUAAAUCUUGUAAAAAUAGUAAAUUCAGUGACCCAAUUCCGCUGUUCGCGUCACGAGCUAUAUACCUCGCGUUUUAUUGAUAAUAGGUAAUCUUGCUGUUCAGGUGCAUAUAAUGUUGUAUAUUAUUUCUGAUCGAAUUUGGUUUAUUAUCUUGUUCAAACUUACAACUGCAAGAUUACCAAUAAUUUUAAUAAUGUUAUUAUUUAUUGUUAUGCAAUUGUAGGUACUUCCGUAAAGUAGGUACUUUAGUAAAAAAAGAAUAAAAAUUUAAAAUAAUUUUUUCAUAUUACAGUUAUUUAGAUAAUUGUUUAAAUAGACCUUCCAACUGGAACAACUGGAUUUUUUCUUGACCGAUGUUCAAGUGAUAGAUUACCAAAUUUUGUAUCGGAAAUGGGCGUCGGUGCAGUAAAAUCCAACUUUUUAAAUUUUGGUAAAUUUGGAGAGAUAGCACCGCGUUUUUUACCAUGGCCGCGACCCAUGAACUAGGCACUCCAACUCAAAUUUUCAAAUACAUCUGACAUACACAAUGAGCAUACCAUUGGAAAGAGCUGGCUCUAAGCUUUCCAAUGACACCAAGAUAAUCUUUCUAUCACUUAUAGGAGAAAAGUUAUGAAUUUUUAGUGAUUUAUUUUUCCCCACUAUUCGGCUUUGUAUUUAAUUUUUAAGACUGUGAUCACAUUAUUACUCUAUUUGUACUAUUUUGCUUGUAUCUUUUUGGCUAUUAAAGUUAGAGCUCUCAAAAUUGGGGGAAACGUUUAAAACACAAUGUGUAACAAAACAAAACACAUGAAUUGUGAAUUAACUUAUUAUAUUUGAAAAAAUAUGAUUUUAUUAGCACAUGGCGUGGAUAACGACAAUUGUCGAAAAAUUUAAUUUUACAAAAAACCACAUAAUUACUAAACCAAUAAAGCUAUAGCUAUAAAAUUUUCAAUACAAACAGAUAAUGUCCAUCUAAAAAUAAGGCACAUUUAAAAUACAUAAAAUACAGAUCAGAAAUUUUUUUGCAAUUUUAGAAAAAAAUAUUUCAUGAAAAGCAACCGCGGCCGAGAAAUUUUUACAUUUAAAUACAUAACUUUUAAACUAAUGAAGCUACUGUCAUCAAACUUUCAGUAAAAAUACUUUGUGACAAUCCAAAUGUAACAGAAUAUUCAAAUAUUGCAAAUGCUAAUAAAAUCAUGUUAUACAAAAUUUAAAAAUAUCAUCGUAAUCAGUCGACAUUUUGAUGUACAUUUUUAAGCAGAACUUUUUAACUUACAAUGCUAAUUGAAUAAAAUCUUCAGUACAAAUAGACAGUGACAAUCUAAAUUUAAUAAAGUGUCAGUGGAAGAUAAACAGGGAUGGAUAACAAAUGGGGCUUGGGUAGACUGAAAAAAAAAAAAUGAAAUCAAUGAAAUCACGCAAAUAAAAGAAAUGUCCCUAGUAAAAAAUACUAGUAUUAAAAUGUAUUUAUUUCAUUAAUUUAAUUAAAGUAUGAAUAAAAGUCUAAAGAUACACCCUUAUAACUAGUAAUCUUAGUUUAUGUAAGACUAAUGAUUAAUAAUAGCUAACAGCUAAUAAAUACUAUUAAAAUGUAUUUAUUUCAUUAAUUUAAUUAAAGUAUGAAUAAAAGUCUAAAGAUACACCCUUAUAACUAGUAAUCUUAGUUUAUGUAAGACUAAUGAUUAAUAAUAGCUAACAGCUAAUAAAUACAUUGUUGUUGUUGAAGAGGAGUUCAUAUUUGCAAAUUGAUCAAUUUCUUGUUUAUUAUAGAAUAAUUGUAAAAACUAAAAAAAAAUUUUUAAAAUACUUUCUUGAUAUAUUUAUAUUGUGUAUUCAUAUUAGAAUAAAAAAAACAAAAAAAACUUUAGUUUAAUCAGAUGUUUCAAUGAUUUAGAAAUGUUUUAUUUAAAGCGUUUAUUUCCAAAUAAUUUCACCUUCCUCCGGUCAACAAAAUUAUAUAAAAAAAGAUGGCCGCCGUUUUUUCAUAACAUGUGGAUUUUUUUCUAUCGCUCAGUAUCAUAAAUUCUAGCAACAGCCAGUAAUGUUAAUAAUAAAUGCUUUCAAAAUUACUGCGAUCAAGCUAGCUUGUCUUAAAGUUUCUAUUCUUGCAUCCACUAUACAAAAAAAUUAACACGAGUUUAAACUUACCCACAGUUUGCGCUCCAACUGUUCGUCUGAGACAGGUCAGAAUGACACAGCAUUUAUACCGUAGCUUGUCUUAAAGUUUCUAUUCUUGCAUCCACUAUACAAAAAAAUUAACACGAGUUUAAACUUACCCACAGUUUGCGCUCCAACUGUUCGUCUGAGACAGGUCAGAAUGACACAGCAUUUAUACCGUCGGGACAGGAAUUCUUCAGCAAAUAGAGUUUAAGACUGAAACUUAUUUAUUUUUAGAAAAUGACGCAUAAGAACGACAAAGCCCGACAUAUACCGAAACCCGCCCUUCGCGGCUGGUCACAGAAAUGUACCACACGAACCCCGCGGAUUUUAUCGCCCGCGUCGUCCGGUAUUGGCGUGCCUACAUGAACGUUUACGUGUUCAUGGGUCGCGGCAACCCAGAUGGCGGCCAUGGAAAAAUAAAAUAACAUUCACGUUUGCUAAAAUUAGGAAUAAAACGUUAAAAAUAAUGAAAAAAAAAUUGUUUUUAAUGUGUCCCUAAACCCAACCUGAAUCCUAAAUCUUUCCCUAAACCUAACCUGAACCCUAUGGGAACCAGGGUUUUGACCUUUUAAUUUUGUAUAAAAGUAAACAAAUUUAAAAACAAUAAUAGUUUUAUGUAAAGUCACAUUUUUAUUAAUGCUGUGUGUUGAAACAGGAAAUUUGAGCUUGCUAGGCUUCAUGCAUUCUGCACCAGCAUUAUAUAGUCUUGCUCUGUCUAGAUAACAAAUAUCUUGAGAUACCUAAGUAUAAUUAUAUAAUGAUAUCUUCAGUACCGGGUAUGUAUAGUAUAUUUUUACAUUUUUUCUUUCCUUUUAGGCGUGCGAUUUAAAUGAUGAAAUUAUUGGCGAACUUGAGCUUGUCUGUAAGUAAACAGUAUUGUUUUUUUUUUUUACAAGCUCUAACUCUAAUUUGAAUAUGAUAAACCUAAAUUUUAAUAGUAUAUUUUAUUGCCAUGGUUAAAAUUCAAUUCCUUUUAUGACAUAAGUAAUAACGCUAUGAUGUUGACAUAUAAAAGAAAUUGGGAGGAAAUUGUCUUUAUCAUGCUUAUCUUGGUUGAAAGGUGAAAAAUCAUACACAGAAGUAAGUAUAAUAGAACUGGUCUGGAGGAGAGGGAGAAUAAAUAAUACAUCUCAUGUUAGUGGGUACAUGCUAAUGCCUUUAGUUGGUAAUUUAAAUUGACGUAACUAACAACCAUCUAAAUCUAAACUUUACAUGAAGCAAUCUUUAGAAUUUAAAUUUCUCUCCUUUACAAUUUAUGAUUUGAACCAACAUGAGAAAUGGGUUUAACAUAUGAGAUUUUUCAUCUAAUUUUUAUUUUUAAUUUUUUUUUUCAUCAGACACUCAGUUGGAGUCCAGGAGCACAAUAUGGAAAGUUUAUAAAUUAACAGGUUAGCAUUGUUAACAUAAUUUUUAUUGAUAAAACUGCUUGUUCGCACAAAAAUAAUUUCUGUAUCAUUAUUUAUCAUGUCAUGUGUCCUUUUUUGUGUGUGGGCUUAGUCUUAACCCAGGGCUUCACAGCAUUCAUGCAAGUCUUAUAUGGAUUUAUGUUUUGUCUGUUGAAAAAUGCCUUUAAUUUAAAAAAAUUCUAACAAGCUUCACACUUAAUAAAAGUCUUUGUCUAUUUGGGAACAUGGUCUUCACUUUAGUCCCUUUAAUUGCUUUUACAUCAUUGUCUGUCCCAUAUAACAGCAAGAUCUGCUAAUUUUUAAAAAAAAUGUUUUUCCUGCAAUCUUUCUGAAUCGUAGUCUUUAAUUUGUGUUUUUCCAGGGACUGACCUUAACCUUAAUCUUGAUCCAAGAACCCUGCGUUCUAAACUUCAACAAAGCUUAGAGUUGAAAUGGAAGGAUGGUUGCGUUGUGAGUUUUAUAUGUAUUAUUUUUUUCAUGUAUGGGUAUAGAAAAAAAAGUGCAGUGUAUAAGUGGAUGGGAAAACUAAAAGCUUGCAUUGGGAUUUCACAUCUAAAAAUUUAAGUUCCAAUUUAAUGGAAAAAUGAAACAUUUUCUCAUAAUUACUUUGCUUUAAACUCCUUGGCUGCCUGAAGAGAAAUAAAAUGUUAUAAAUCUGUCUCCAAAUCUCUGGCCUAAAAAUGCACUGAUCUAUGCCAGAAAAUAUUAAGUUUUAGUUCCAUUCAAUAAAUAAAACUUUCCUUGGUUAAAAUGAAUUACUGUUAUUAAUUUUGUAAUCAAUAGCAUUGCUAUUUUAUUUUUUUAACAUUUCUCUUUGCACAUUUCUGUCUCUAGUAUGGAAAUAUGAGAAUGUUUGCUGGUGGGGUAUGGCUCCGCAUGCAUAUGAGUUUGUCACUGGCACAAGGAAAUGGCGGAAAGAAGACAGGGGCAUACCAGGCAAAAAAUUCAGUUUUUGUUGUCACCUUCCCAGGUUCACCUUAUGUUAUGGUCAGUAAGGCAGGUGUCAAGCUUGUAAAACUAGUUACAGAGGUAAGCAUUUCCUGUGCAUUUUGGAAAGCACUCUAGAUGAAGUUCUAGGUUGUUAACUAAAAUUAUUCUUUUUUUAAUAGGUGCAUAUGCUUUUGCUUUACUUUAAUAUAGCUUCUCUUAAUACAAAUCAUGAAUAUUUAAAAUGUUAUCCCCCACCCCCUCCUUUUUUUGUUUUGUGUAGGCCAUUUCGUCUGUAAUGAAUGCUGCCAGCCUUGUGGACAUCCAACUGAGUGGAAAACAUGUAGCAUCCUUAGCAGACAUUGUACUAAGAAAGGAUAGCAAGGUCUCUAUAGUAUCAAUAUUUUUUUGUCCCACAUAAUUUUUUUUAAAACUUGAUGAGCCCUUUUUUACAGCAGUGUGCUUGUUUUUUUAACUACAGGAUAAUAAUAUUAUUUAGAAAAAAUUCAAUUAGAAACUUCAGGUGUAUGUAAACUUGUACUUUUCUAUUCUUGGUCAUGGCAAGGGUUCUAUAAAAUAACAUUGACUUCUGAAACAAAGAUGAAUUAUGCCAUGCUAAAAAUAGGACUGUAUUUUUCUUUCAAACCCACCUUAACUGUUUGAUAGCCAUAACAUGUCUCUUGGUUAUUUUUCUUAUGCUGUUUAGUGCCAGUCUAGCACAUACAGAGACAAGGAGGAAGCAGAAAACCCUUUAAUAGAAAAACAACCCAGAAAACGCAAAGGUCAGUUAUGUAAGCUUACCACAGUUACUAAUACUAAUUAGCCCCUGGCAGCACUGAAACAAAACUUCCCACUUUCACACCAACUUAGGUUGCGACUGACCAAAAAAAAAAAAUGUCCUGUGCAUAAAUUCUUCAAAACUUAACAUAAAAUUGGAGAUUAUAGUGGGUAAUACAGUGUUUACCAAAUUGAUUUGGUUGCUAGUCUGUGUUGUGGCUUACUUUACCAGUCCCCACAACAUGAGUCAAGAAACUGUUUAAAAAAAAAAAAAAAGUUAAAUGUUUCCUUGAGUCACGUUUCAAAGCAACGUUUCAAAACACGAGAUAGUCUUGUGCAUAAAACAUGUCAUAAACCCUUUUUUAAUAACUCUCUAGAACCUGAAGAGUCUGAUUUUCUUGUCAUUAAUAAGCAGGCUAUUCUUUUACUUUGCUCCAAUUCUUUCAUAUUCCGUAAAAAGAAUUAAUGAACCAGUAAAAUCAAACCUUAAGGUUUAAGGAGCUUUUUUUCCCUUCAUUUUAAAAUAGCCACAACAAUCUUGUAAAGGCCAGCAUUAAUUAAGAGUCCUACUGACUUGGCUGAUUCCAGAUUUUAAAAUAUUUAUUGACCUAUGUAAGGUCAAACAAAAAGUAAACUUAAAACUAAUUAAGAUAUCUGGAACUGGUCCCUGGUGCAGUGCAGUGUGAAACUGGUCCACUAAAUUUAAAAGUUUUUGGAAGCACUGGACCCUAAUGGUUACCAUAUGUCAUAAAUAGUGUAAUAUAAAUGAUCUUAUCAAAACUUAGAAAUUAGUUUCUCGCUUGUUUGAGUGCUGCAGUUUUUUUUAUUGGUGUGAUCUCACUGAAAAUACCAUGGGAACAUACAAAUUAAACAACCCAUUAUUUAUUAUUAUACUCAAGCUAACCCCCCAAAAAAAGGAUAGUUUGUUCCUUCUUAUUUUUGAUGAUAAAAUGUAUUCAUAUUUAUUGUGUGUGUAAAUUAUAAAUAGUAUAAACCGUAUCAUUAAAUUGAAACAAAAAAAUGGAUAGAUUUAUUAGAAGACAGCUACCGGUGCCAAAAACGACAGUGUUUCUCAACACAGGCCUGUUCUUAUUUAUGCAUUAUGAUCUUAUACUUUCUUUAGCCCCAGAAGAAGAAUUUCUUGACAGUGAGAAUAUUGUUGAUGAAGACAGAGAAGAAAAGCGUUUGAGAAUUGAGACGGUUGUCAACAAAUUUGGAUAUGAACCUCAACCAGUUCUGGAGAGGUUGUCCUACAGUGUAAGUUGGCCCUAAUACAAUCAUUUCCUAAGACGUGUACCAUGUGAAAAAGGGACAAAAUAUGGUUUGAAAUUAUGUAACUUGGAAGUGCAGUAUAAUAAAUAAUUGCUUAAAAUAAACAUUAAACUACAAUUUCCAAAUAAGCUUUAAGUUUAAAUGAUGUUGACAUUUUAUUUUUAUUCUCAAGCUCUCAUUGUUAGCUUUCUUUCCACAACAUAUGAAUAAAAUAAUUAAUAUUGCUGAUUUAUAAGUUUAUUACAUGGAAUGCUCUCUUCAUAUUUUAGUUUGACAUAAAAUUUCAUGGUGAAGAGAUGGACACCACCUGCAAGUCUUCAGUUGAGAUCAGAGGCAAGUCUACAUUGGAAGGGAUCUGUCAGUUGGCCAAAACUGGAUUGACCAAGUUUCCUUUACCUGCCCACAUUGGCUCCAUCACAAGUAGUUGUCUUCGCAACAGUUUUACCAUACAGAACAAGAAAAAAUAAAAUGCAGAGUUUUAAGUUGAUUUAGAUGUUUGUAAAUAGACAUUGUGAAAUAUGACUGAAUUUCUUUAAAGAAAGUUCAAACUUUUUAGUGGCUAAUGCCAUAACACUGUGAUAUGUACUACUCAAAACUAUAUGUUUUAUUAAAUUUUCUAACAUUGGUAAAUGAGUUAAGUUAAUGAUCAUGUCUGUAAUUUUGUCAGUUCAAGUUUAAAAAAAAAAGUGUUAUUUCUUUAAAUGGCAUUUCUAUUUUGUGACAAAUUCUCUGAAUUUGAAAAAUAACCCUUAAAAAAUUAAAGUAAAGGUAACCAUA